AUGGCGGCGGUCGGGCCCGAGGCGCGCCGAGCUUGGUGUGUGCCUUGCCUAGUUUCACUUGAUACUCUUCAGGAAUUAUGUAGAAAGGAAAAGCUCACAUGUAAAUCCAUUGGAAUCACCAAAAGGAAUCUAAACAAUUAUGAGGUGGAAUACUUGUGUGACUACAAGGUAGUAAAGGAUAUGGAAUAUUAUCUCGUAAAAUGGAAAGGAUGGCCAGAUUCUACAAAUACUUGGGAACCUUUGCAAAAUCUGAAGUGUCCAUUACUACUUCAGCAGUUCUCUAAUGACAAGCGUAAAUAUUUGUCUCAGGUAAAGAAAGGUAAAGCAAUAACUCUGAAAGACAAUAACAAAGCUCUGAAACCUGCCAUUGCUGAAUACAUUGUAAAGAAGGCCAAACAAAGGAUAGCUCUGCAGAGAUGGCAAGACGAGCUCAACAGAAGAAAGAAUCACAAAGGAAUGAUAUUUGUUGAAAAUUCUGUUGAUCUAGAGGGCCCACCUUCAGACUUCUACUACAUUAAUGAGUACAAGCCAGCUCCUGGAAUCAGUUUAGUAAAUGAAGCCACCUUUGGUUGUUCAUGCACAGAUUGCUUCUUUGAGAAAUGUUGUCCUGCUGAAGCUGGAGUUCUUUUGGCUUAUAAUAAAAACCAACAAAUUAAAAUUCCCCCUGGUACCCCCAUCUAUGAAUGCAACUCAAGGUGUCAAUGUGGACCUGACUGUCCCAAUAGGAUUGUACAAAAAGGCACACAAUAUUCCCUUUGCAUCUUUCGAACAAGCAAUGGCUGUGGCUGGGGUGUAAAAACCCUUGUAAAGAUUAAGAGAAUGAGCUUUGUCAUGGAGUAUGUUGGAGAGGUAAUCACAAGUGAAGAAGCUGAAAGACGGGGGCAGUUAUAUGACAACAAAGGAAUCACAUACCUCUUUGAUCUGGACUAUGAAUCGGAUGAAUUCACAGUAGAUGCAGCACGAUAUGGAAAUGUGUCUCAUUUUGUGAAUCACAGUUGUGACCCAAAUCUUCAGGUGUUCAAUGUUUUCAUUGAUAACCUUGAUACUCGUCUUCCCCGAAUAGCAUUAUUUUCCACAAGAACCAUAAAUGCUGGAGAAGAGUUGACUUUUGAUUAUCAAAUGAAAGGUUCUGGAGAUAUAUCUUCAGAUUCUGUUGACCACGGCCCAGCCAGAAAGAGGGUCAGAACUGUGUGCAAAUGUGGAGCUGUGACUUGCAGAGGCUACCUCAACUGAAUUUUCAGGAAAUAGAACUGACAAUAAUUAUAGUUUUGUUUUUUCUAAUGUAAAUAUUUUUUCAUAUUAUCAGGAUUAUACCUGUGUUGAUUUACAAUUCACGUUUCAAAAGUUUACCCAAAUGCGUUACUGACAUUUCUGAAGAGAGAGACACCACACCACACAGAAGAAUUUGAAGCAUGCAUAUUUAGUGAUUGGAUACCAAACAAGGAAGAAAAACUUUACCGAUCGAUCGGCGUAUGUGAACUUAGGUCUGUGUGAAUAGAGAAACACCUCCUUCAUUCUUAUGAGAAGUGUUAAACUGGUGAUGUAGCAGUUGCCAAGAUAAACAUUCCGUUUGCCCUGCACCUUGAGUCUGGAGAAAUAGUUAUUUCAAUUUGGGCAAAUAUAAAAAUUCUAUUUUUGUUAUUAUAUUGUCAUUCUGUUUACCUGCUAAAUACUUGCUGUACUUGUAUGUGAGAUAAUAGGUGAUUCUGAAUUUUAUACUCUAUUUUCUACUUCUAUCAUUAAAACAUUGGCAUCUUGAUAUAGAAAGUUAAAGUAUAAAAUUAAAUGUAAAAAAAUAUGAAUUACAACUUUAUUUCCUAUUUUGAAGCAUUCUAGACCAUUCAGAAGUGUGUGUCUGAACCAGUAGUUCUUAAAGAUUUUUUUAUCCUUUUGAUGAAAAAUCUCCAGAAAGCCCUUUCUAAAUGCCCAGAAUGGCUGGCCAUUAUGCGUCUUUGAAAGGACUAAGGCCGCGGGACCAGUAGGGGGUUUUGAACUGCCAGGUAGUGGGAAAUAAGCUCUUGAAAUGCACCUUUUAGUAACACAGAUUAGGAGAUCAUGUUGAGGACUUCUGCUCCCAACAGGAAACAACAUACCCCUGGCAACCCCUGCGGGCCUAACAAUCAUGGGUCCCCCAAUAUGUUAACAUUGCAUCUUCUGUAUUUCCGGCAGUUUUAACAUUUCUUUCCCACGAAAUUUAAUUACUUUUUAUUUCCUACAGGUUCUUCUUAAAAGGUAAUCUAUAUUUUGAAUGGAUACUUGUCUUUUUCAUGAAUUUUUAAAAUGUGAUCAAGCUUAACUGGGCUUGGCAAGAAGCAGCUUUUUGUGCCUCAAUUAUGAGACUAUUUCUUAGUUGUACUAUAAAGAUUGAAGUGCAACAUAUUAGUAUUUUCACCCUGCACAGUAAAACCUCAGUCAAGAAAAAUUAUGUUCUCUUCUUUUCCUGAUUUGGGGAUUUCUAAUUAUGGUGUCCAAUAGGAAGAUAAAUACAGUGAAUGAAUUUAACUUUCAGUAUUCUUAAAUAAAUUCUACCUUAAGUUCACUGCCCUAAACUGUAAUGACCUAAAAUAAGCUUGGAUAAAAUUGAUCUGACUUCAAAA